AUGCUUCUUUUUUACUCCUACAGGAGUUUGUAUUUGUAAGGCAUUGCCAUUUACCUACCACUGAUAUGUCCAUUCCAUGCCUUCUUGUUAUCCCCACCCCGCCUGCAUCACAUUACUCCAUGUGCUUUCCUGUGCACCUCCCUUCAUCUUCAAUACAACCUUCUUUAUGCCAUUUCCUUCUUCAACCAAUCUCUACUCCUAACUAAACUCCCUUUAUUAAACCCAACACACAUCCCAUUUUGCAUACAAUACACAAGAAAAAGCCUGCUGCCUGCUGCCUCUGCCUCUCUCUGGUUUGAUAUUGGCAAUGCAGUUAUUUUCUGAAUCUGUCCAGGUUUUCAUUGUCACUUUGGCUGUGCCCAGUCAAAUCAGAGAUCUGGGACUUUGAGUUUGAUCACUGCAAAAAACAGAAUUGGAAUUCAGCAAUUCCAUACUCUUUUAUCCGGCUUUACAUAGGCAGGCAUUUUGAAGUUGGUAAAUGGGUUCCGGUUUUAAUUUCGAUUGGUCCAAGAAAACUCACAUCUUUCAUCUCAAGGUUUGGGUUUUAGUCACCAUCUUUCUCGGCAUCUUUAUACUACUUGUUCUAUUGUUGCUAUGGUGUUGUAUCGCACGCAAGACAUCCAAGAAAAAGAAUACACUGCCUAUAAGUCUGAUUCCGAAUGUAUCCGGAGAAAUCAAAGAAAUAAAGAUAGACCAGAAUUCGGCCAACCAUGUCGACCGUGAUUCGGAUAUCUUCAAUGUCCCGGAAAAGUAUGGUGAAAAAGAUUCUGAUAAACUUUUGGUGCAUUUCAAGAAUGACAAGGAAAAGAAUGAUGAUGGGAGCACUCAAUCUGGUUCAUUUAAUUAUCUUGACAAGGAUGAUUCUGCACUUGAAUCUGGGGACAAGAAGGGUUCAUCACAUCCUAUCACUGUCGCUUCCCCUCUAGCGGGUCUUCCUGAGCUCUCUCACCUUGGUUGGGGUCAUUGGUUUACUCUGAGGGAUCUGGAAGUUGCAACCAAUAAGUUCUCAAAGGAUAACAUUAUUGGAGAGGGUGGAUAUGGUAUUGUGUAUCGUGGCCAACUGAUCAAUGGUGCAACCGUGGCCGUGAAAAGGCUCCUAAAUAACUUGGGACAGGCAGAGAAGGAAUUUAGGGUGGAAGUAGAGGCUAUUGGUCAUGUCCGGCAUAAAAAUUUAGUUCGACUUUUGGGUUAUUGUAUUGAAGGCACGCAUAGGUUGUUGGUAUAUGAGUACGUCAACAAUGGCAAUCUUGAGCAAUGGCUCCAUGGAGCAAUGUCCCAUCAUGGGCACCUCACAUGGGAGGGACGUAUGAAGAUUCUGCUAGGCACGGCUAAGGCUCUUGCAUAUCUACAUGAUGCAAUUGAACCCAAAGUUGUUCAUCGAGACAUUAAGUCGAGCAAUAUAUUGAUAGAUGAUGAUUUCAAUGCUAAAAUAUCUGAUUUUGGACUUGCCAAGUUGUUGGGUGCUGGGAAGAGUCAUAUUAUCACCAGAGUUAUGGGAACCUUUGGAUAUGUGGCUCCAGAAUAUGCAAGCAGCGGCUUCCUAAAUGAGAAGAGUGAUGUUUAUAGCUUUGGCGUUGUGCUUGUGGAAGCUAUAACUGGCAGAGAUCCAGUAGAUGAUAGUCAACCCGUCCAUGAGAAAAGCCUGGUUGACUGGCUGAAAAUGAUGGUUGCAGCCAAACGUUGGGAGGAAGUGGUUGACCCAAAUCUAGAGACAAGGCCGUCUACAUCUGCGCUUAAACGAGCUCUAUUGACCGCCUUAAGGUGUGUGGAUCCAAACGCUGAACAAAGGCCAGCCAUGAGCCAAGUGGUGCGAAUGCUUGAGUCAGAAGAAUAUCCAAUACCAAGAGAGGGUCGUAAAAGGCAAAAGGAGAAACAUUGAUGGGGAGUUGGAGGAGUUGCAAUCCAGAGCUGAAGUUGGCCAAAAGAGAAGACAUGAGGGAAAACAAAUCGCAUAGAGAUCAUCAUGCAUAUAGGAAAUACUACUUUUUGGAUGUUUUUACAUGAAGUUGCAAUGGUAUAGACUAUAGUAUGGUGGUAAUGGGUAUGCCUCAGCCUCAAACACAAAUGUGAAUGAAGCUGCGGGAACAUCCAUACAUAGUUGUUGGAAAAAGCAGCAUAUUAUUAUACCAUGAUGGUUUUUAAUUCCUUUGUUUGAGGCAUGCUGUAUACAAGGAAGGAAGUAAGGAAUUCUAUGCUUAAUUAAUUUAAUAGGCCAAUUAUGUA